CAAGCGACGAGUUGGAUGCUACGUGUGCAGAGCUUUUGCUUGCAGGAGGCCCAUGCUUUCACACAAUGUGCAGAGCUUUUUUCGCUUGGAGGAAAUUCCGUCGCCUAAAGUCAAAUCCCGCUAAAAAGAAAUUUCCGUUUCGUGACGCAUUCGAACAAAGCACCGCUAACAUUUAUAAGGUUCGAUGCUUCGAUUCAUAGGAACAGAAUCCUAUUCAGCUUCUCUCGCAUUUGAAUUGACAGGGAAGAGAUAAACGUAGAACAGAUGACUGUGAAGCUCUCAAGACCUCCAGCUUUCUCCAAGAUCCCUUCUCUCAACCAUUGCCCCUCCUCUUCGUCGCGAUUUCCCACUUCGUUCUCUUUCAACUGCUGGUUUUCCCGCCGGAUUUCGUGCCAGAAAAUGUCAUGCUCGCAUGAGGACACUCCUCAAACACUUCAGACAAUUACCAUUUCGUAUUCAGAGCUCAAAGACAAGGAUUUGGAUUUGUCGACGAAGAUUGAAGAUGGAUUUGGACCCAAUGGGUUGGGAAUUCUAUCAGUUUCAGAAGUUCCUGGCUUUCCUUCAUUGCGUCAAAAUCUUUUACAUCUUUCACCCAGGUUAGCAAGCCUCCCAGAGGAGGUUAAGAAGGAGCUUGAAGAUCCUCAGAGCAGAUACAAUUUUGGAUGGAGUCACGGAAAAGAGAAGCUUGAAUCUGGUAAACCUGAUAUAUUGAAAGGCUCCUUCUAUGCAAAUCCAAUAUUAGAUAUACCAACAGCUGACACUUCCUUGAUCCAACGGUAUCCAUCAUACUGCCAGCCAAACAUAUGGCCUCGUAAAUCUCUGCCAGAACUUGAAUUAGUACAUUGUAAUUCAAAGCUGUCUAACAAGGAAGUCAUUGCUGAUGUUGUAGCCUUCAAAUCUCUUGGAAAGCUGAUCUUUGAUGUGGGAUUGAUGCUGGCUUAUCAUUGUGAUAGAUAUGCGUCUAAAGGGAUGACAAGGGAUGAUGAAGGCUUUGAGAAGAUACUUAUGUGUUCUCGCUGUCACAAAGGCCGUCUGCUUUAUUAUUUUCCAGCAGAGCAGAGUGACUAUGCACAAGACGCUGGAUCAAUUUCAUCAUGGUGCGGUUGGCAUACAGAUCAUGGCUCUCUUACAGGUCUUACCUGUGGGAUGUUUAUGAGAGAUGGUGUAGAAGUACCUUGUCCUGAUAGUGCUGCUGGCCUUUAUGUUAAAACGCGAACUAAUCAAAUUGUCAAGGUUGUUUUUCAAGAAGAUGAAAUAGCAUUCCAAGUAGGAGAAACUACUGAAAUACUCUCAGGAGGUCGUCUUUGUGCAACACCACAUUGUGUUCAGGCACCUAAAGGAGAGCAGACUUAUGGUGUGGAACGAUCUACCUUUGCAUUAUUCAUGCAACCUGACUGGGAUGAAAGUCUUAAUUUUCCUAAAGAGGUCCAUCUUCAUCAAGAGCUAAUCCCGCCAAAUGGAGUUCUUACUUUUGGAGAGUACUCUGAGAAGCUGCUUGACAAAUAUUACCACUCAAAAUCAUAAGAAAUUUGCAUACUGUAUCUUGAGUAAAGCUUCAUUGUUUUCAGAUAAAACAAAAAAUAGUUUAGCUGUGUUGUAAAUAAAUUACAUUUAAAAUCAUUGUUGUUUCCAUGCCUCAUUUACUUUGUUUCCAUAUUCCUUUGGUUGGGUUAAACUGCUAUUUUAUUCUCUAGGCAUGCAGACUCCCAUAAGUUGGGAAUGAUCACUGAGAACACCAUGACUCGAGAUAUUCAUGCCAUUCAAUA